AACACCUGGCACCAGUAUCCAAGCCCACAGUCCCCAUGUCAAACCCAAGUCUAUCCCAAAUGUGCUUCCAGUUUCACCUACUGAGGACACCUGCUUGGCUGACUCUCGACAUGACACAUCCUCCAGUGAGUACAUGCUUACAGAUGAAGAUGACGCCUCUUCGGUGGAUGUCCCCAUUUGUCGGAAAGUCAAAACUGCCCGCAAGGCAAAGGCCCCUAAGGGUGGACCACGAAAGCUUAGUCUGGCCCAAAGCAAGCGCCUCCAGCGGGUCCUUCAAGACAGCAACAACCUGAAGAGCGGAGCCUGGCUGCGUCCCCCUGUCAACUACUGCAUCUUAAUCGCCAUGGCUAUUGGCAGCAGCCGCACUGGCAGCCUCAAUGUCCAGCAGAUCUAUAACUUCACAAGAGAGCACUUCCCAUUCUUCCAGACAGCCCCUGACGGCUGGAAGAACACUAUCCGACACAACCUAUGUUUCAGCAACAGCUUUCGUAAGACCCCCCAGCAGGUGUGCAGCGAGGGGAAGAGGAAGUCCUGUCUGUGGCACCUGACUCUAGAAGGACGCCGGAGGCUGAGGGAUGAAAUCCACACCCUUACCGGGGACUCGUACAAAGUGUUGAAGAGAAGCAUGAAUAAUCCUGAUAUGAUUCAGACUUUGUUUGCACUAUGAUCUGUGCCUUAGAGGUUACCCCAAACUGAGGUGGGACCUUGGGACAAUGGCUGUGAUGCAAGGGGCAUCGAUGGCUGUUGAUAAUGGAUAAGUGAACAGCAGCACUUCAAUUAUGUUUUCCUUAGACUGUAUAUUUUUGGGGGUGUGCUAAAGUUUUUCAGACGUGUGUAUGAAUUCAUCACUAACUGUACUUUUGGAUUUGUUCUGAAAAUAAAAAUGCAUCAUAACA